AUUCGUAGUCCAGCCAUCGAAGAAACUAGCAUGCAGACGUCGUGUAUUCUCCUCCUUCUGGCCGCCAGCCUGGCCAUUUGCUUGGCCCGCCCAGAGCCACCGAAAUCCCGAUAUGGACCACCGCCGCCGCCAGCGCCUCAGAAGGAAUACGGUCCACCGGCUCCCGCCCAGCCCUUGCCGGUCUAUGGGCCCCCAGCUGCCUUCUAUGGUCCACCAGCCGCCUCGGAGGCUCUGGUGACCAAGAAUGUGUACGUUCAUGUGCCGCCAGAGGAGCCGGAAUACUAUCCAGCUUCCGCUCCCAUCCAGACCACGGUGCCCAAGAAGCAUUACAAGAUCAUCUUCAUCAAGGCACCCAACCCACCGACUCCAGUGCGCCAGGUGCUGCCACCGCCGGUUCAGGAUGAGCAUAAGACCCUGGUCUACGUGCUGGUGAAGAAGCCCGAGGAGCAGCAGCCCGUCAUCCUGCCAGCACCCGAGCCAACGGAGCCCAGCAAGCCGGAGGUGUACUUCAUAAAGUACAAGCAGCAGCAGGCCAAGCCGGCCACCCAGUACGGACCACCAUCCGCCCCCUCGGAGGAGUACGGAGCACCGCCUGCCCCACGCACCCUCGAGCAGUUCUAG